UCCCAUAAUAGCUUAGGGAGAGCUUAGGCAUGAUGGGUCAUGACAAUUUUUGGCCGCGAUUAUAAUUCCGUUCAGCUUGAACUUUCUAGACCUUUCGCGACCCUCAAACGAAUCUGUGGUUCCUCUCCCGAAGGAACCGAAGGGGAAAAUUUUCAGGAGGCAUAAUGGCUAGCAAGCGUAUCCAAAAGGAACUUCAGGAUCUGCAGAAGGAUCCUCCAACAUCGUGCAGUGCUGGACCUGUUGGUGAAGAUCUGUUUCAUUGGCAGGCAACUAUUAUGGGUCCAUCCGAAAGCCCUUAUACUGGAGGGGUUUUCUUUAUUAAGAUUCAUUUCCCUCCUGAUUACCCAUUCAAACCCCCCAAGGUUAACUUUCAGACCAAGGUUUACCACCCAAACAUCAACUCUAAUGGAAGCAUUUGCCUAGACAUUCUGAAGGAGCAAUGGAGCCCUGCGCUGACCAUAUCCAAGGUUCUCCUUUCCAUCUCCUCUCUCCUCACAGACCCAAACCCUGACGAUCCCCUCGUCCCCGAAAUCGCUCACAUUUACAAGAACCAACGGAGCCGCUACGAGGAGACCGCAAGAGCUUGGACGCAGAAAUAUGCCAUGGGCUGACUCAAGAAAACCCUUAAUAGACCAUGAUUAUGUGUGUAAUGUUGGUAAUGCUUUGUGAAAAUAGAAAUAAUGGUUGGUUCUGUAUAAUGCCAUGAAGGCUUAAACCCUCCUUUGUGGUGUCUGUAACCUUGUAUGCUUAUUUGAGUAGCAUUCCUUUGGAAUGGUCUCACAUAUUUAAAAUCAGCUAUAAGAACAAAGCGCAAUGGUUUCUCUCAAAACCUGAGUGAUUCUUUCAAGUUUUAAAUCCUUUCUAA